UUACUGCUCCUCGUGUGGCCCAUUUCGGCCAGGUCGGUCAUUUAUUCGGGCCUGUCAACAUCACGUCGUGCUCACAGACCCUGGUGCGUCAUGUGCCCCCGGUUAAUGACUGACAGACUCAGAGAGACGCCGUGUCCCUGCUCCACAGCUGGCUCCCCACUCUCCACAGACCUGCUGCUUCACUGACCGCACACAGCGGUCAACACGGGCCAUGACUUCCACGCUGGCCCUCCUGACAUUAGCGGCCCUCGCGGCCUCCGGGGCCACGAAACCUAACGCGGGUUUGAAAACGUGGAGUCGCUUCAGUAAGCUGCCGGAUCCCGAGGACAAGGUUUUCCUUUAUGACACCUUCCCCAAAGACUUCAUAUGGGCCGUGGGCACCGCUGCCUACCAGGUGGAGGGCGCCUUUGAGAAGGACGGGAAGGGUCUCUCCAUCUGGGACACUUUUACGCGCGGCGGGAGCAGGAUGGCGACCGGCGACGUGGGCAGCGACAGCUACCACAACAUCCACGCGGACGUCCGCGCCAUCAAGCAGCUGGGGGUCAGUCACUACCGGUUCUCUCUGUCAUGGUCCAGGAUAUUUCCCAACGGAACCCGGGGGAGUUACAAUAAAAUCGGCACCAACUACUACCGGACACUGAUCAAGAAGCUGAAGGAGAUCCGCGUCCAGCCCCUGGUCACGCUGUACCACUGGGACCUCCCCGAACACCUGCAGCAGCAGCUGGGCGGCUGGAGCAACCCGGAGCUGGUGGACAUCUUCAGGGACUAUGCUGACUUCUGUUUCCAGACCUUCGGGGAUGAUGUGAAGUACUGGAUCAGCAUAGAUAACCCGUUUGCUGUGGCCUGGCACGGCUACGGUACAGGAGUGGUGGCUCCCGGGAUUAAGAACGACUCUGACCUGCCCUUCAGGGUUGGACACAACCUGCUGAAGGCUCACGCCGCUGCCUGGCACCUCUACCACCAACACUACCGCCCCCGUCAGCGGGGGCAGCUGUCCAUGGCACUGGCCUCUCACUGGAUUAAACCUAAGCACACGCGCCUGGAGAGCCAGAGAGAGUGCCAGUGUUCCCUGGAGCACGUCCUGGGCUGGUUCGCUCACCCGCUGUUCACAGACGGAGACUACCCUCCCUGUAUGAAGGCCCGGCUCGGUCCACGGCUGCCCGCUUUCACACAGGAGGAGAAGGAGCAGGUGAAGGGGACGGCCGACUUCUUCGCCCUCUCUCACGGGGCGGCGCUCAGCUUCCACCUCAUCAAUGACAGCUUGAGGUUUCGGCAGCAGGAGGAACUGGACCUGAGGAUGCUGCUCUACUGGGUCAACGCCGAGUACGACAAGCCGUCUAUCUUCGUGGUGCAGAGCGGUUGGUAUGUUCGUAGCAACACUAAGACAGAAGACCCCAAACACGCCUACUACCUGAAGAGGUUCAUCGCCGAGGCCUUAAAAUCCAUCGUCAUCGAUGGAGUGAACGUCAUCGGAUACACAGCCUGGUCUCUGAUCGACGGCUUCGAGUGGAGCAGGGAAUACGGGAUUAGGCGAGGGCUUUACUACGUUGACUUUAACACGCCUGACAUGAAGAGGGAGCCAAAGACAUCGGCCACUUUUUACAGGAAAGUCAUCCAGAGAAAUGGUUUCCCAGAACUCCCAGAGAACAGACCAGUGCAGGGAGUGUUUCCAUGUGAUUUCGCUUGGGGUGUUUCUGCCAACUCCAUACAGGUGGAGACCACGCCCAGCCAGUUUACUGACACCAGCGUUUACCUGUGGAACAUCUCCAACAGCGGAGCUCUGAUGAAGGUGGACGGCUUCAGCGUGCCGCCGUUGAGACGAGGCGCACACUGUGCCGACUACGCCACUAUUCGACAGCAGGUGGAAGAAAUCCGACAGGUGGGUGUGAACCACUUCCACUUCUCCCUGAACUGGUCGGCUCUGGUGCCCACGGGCGACGUGGCCCAGCCUAACACCACUCUGCUGGGCUACUACCGCUGCUUCGCCCGUCAGCUUCUCAAAGCCAACAUCACCCCGGUGGUCACUCUUUGGCACCACACGAGACAGGGCAGCAGUCUGCCAGCCCCCCUGGACACUGAGAACCAGUGGCAGAUCAGAGAGACUCCUGAGGCGUUCGCAGACUACGCCAGACUCUGCUACAGAGAACUCGGAGCUCAUGUGAAGAUGUGGAUCACUCUGAACGAGCCCAACGACGAGAUGGUCAGCUACCAGGAAGGUCAUCAGAUGCUGCGGGCACACGCUCUGGCCUGGCACGUCUACGACCGCGAGUUCAGGCGCAAGCAGGGUGGACAGGUGUCUCUGGCUCUGCACAUGGACUGGGUGGAACCAGCCUUCUCCUUCAGCCGUGAGGACGUGGAGCCAGCUAAAAGGGUUCUGGAUUUCCGUGUGGGCUGGUUUGCGGAGCCCGUCUUUGGCAGUGGAGACUAUCCUCUGGGAAUGAGGAGCUGGCUGCGUCAACUCAGCUCACUCAAACUGCCAGUGUUCAAUAAGGAGGACAGAGAGCUGGUGAAAGGAACCUAUGACUUCUUUGCCCUCAGUCACUUCAGUACCAAGUUGGUGACUCGGGCCAAGGAAGACUCGUACACCUACAACGAAAUGCUGGAGGUCCAACACAUGAUCGACACCACCUGGAUCAUGUCCCCCAGACCUGUUGUUCCCUGGGGCCUGAGGAAAGCCCUGAACUGGGUGAAGGAGCACUACAGUGACGUACCGGUCUACGUAAUGGCCAACGGGGUCCAGGAAGACCCAGCCCGUUUCAAGGACAGCCUGAGAGUCUACUACCUGUACAACUACAUCAACGAGGCACUGAAAGCCUACAUUCUGGAUGGUGUCAACCUAAAGGGCUACUUUGCGUACGCUCUGAGUGACCAGAGAGACCCAGGCUUCGGUUUGUACGGCCAGGUCCAUGAAGAGGUCAUCGACAAGGCCUCUCUCUUCAACUAUCGCAACAUUAUCCAGCACAAUGGCUUUCCCGUCCAGGGAGCCGCACCGCAGCACUGUCCCAGCUCACAACAGCCCUGCCUGGGCUGCCACCUGCUGGUGAAGUGGCCGGUGCUGGGCUUCUUGACUCUGGUGGGUUUAGGUGUUAUCAUCACCUUGUGUCUCAUCAUUUACUACACAGCUAAGAGACACAAGUCUGAGUGUUACUGAGGAGUUUUGACUCUAGGAUUUUUUAAAUUUCUUUUAGCAACUCAUUGUUGAUCAGCUGAGAUUUUAGUUAUUUUUUAUUGUUAGAACGCCUGUGAAUUUCUUAUGAAGCUGUCAGAUCAGUAAACUGCAGCAGUGAGCUAUUGAAUAGUUAUGUUUGCACUGGACAGAACCUAUAUUGAAUCAGCCAAUAAGCUGAACCCUGUGAUUUGAUUGGCUGACGCCUCUGUCACACUUUGUUGAGCAAACAAACCUACAGAAGGCAGAAGUGUUUCCACAGGUCACAUCUCAAACACAGGUGGUUUGAAAAAACAAGUUUAAAAAAUAACUAGGAAUGUUUUUAGAAUGUUAUGUAAUAACUAUUAAAAUUCUUUAUUUAAAUUAAUUUGUGUCACUACCACCCAUAGCAGGUAUUGUACAGUUAAAAUAAAUUAUAUAAUAAUUUGUAUAUAUGUGUAUUUCACUAUUAACUUGCACUGCCUCAGCUGGAAGCCAAGAGAGCUGCUUAUACUAGAUUUUCUAGAAGUUCAUCAGUCCUCUAAUGGUUCAUCUCAUGUGUCCAGGCUAUUUUUACUCCACCAUGCUGCUAAAGUCAUUCUCUCUCAUACAACUCCACUGGAUUGUUUUAAAUUGUAUUGAUGUAUUUAGUGUAACCAUACACAAUUCAAUGUUUGUGAUAUUUGUUGGUUUAGCACAAAUAAAUAUGUUUAAACCUCU